CUCUCUCAGACUCAGUCCUUCUUUCCAGCCUUAGUCAAGAGAAAGGGGAGAGAGAGAGUUCAUUAGAGAGAUAAUAAGACAAGAUCACAGACAGAGGGGUUGGAGAGAGCAUGAUUUUUGUGAACAAGAGGCCCUCUGCAACUGCAACAGCCAUGGUGUUCAAGCUCCUCUUUCUCAUCUUCUUUCUCUCCUCUGCUACUCUUUCUUUGUGUUUCGAACCUCGCAACCAGGAAGUCGAAGCUCUGAUCAGUAUCAGAAGAGCUUUGAUUGAUCCUCAUGGAGUUCUGAACAACUGGGAUGAAGACUCUGUUGAUCCCUGUAGCUGGGCUAUGGUUACUUGUUCACCAGAAAAUCUGGUUAUUGGACUGGGAGCUCCAAGCCAGAACCUGUCAGGAAUUUUGUCUGGAACGAUUGGCUUCUUAACGAAUCUCCGGCAAGUGUUACUGCAAAAUAACAACAUAUCAGGAGAAAUUCCAGCAGAGCUAGGAAAUCUUCCCAAGCUUCAGACAUUGGAUCUCUCCAACAACGAGUUCUCUGGCAUCAUUCCCGAGUCUCUGGGAGAGCUGAAGGGUCUUCAGUACAUGAGGCUGAACAAUAACAGCUUGUAUGGAGCCUUCCCUGUGUCAUUAUCGAAAAUCCCUCAACUUGCUUUCUUGGAUUUAUCUUUCAACAAUCUCAGUGGACCUUUGCCCACCAAAUUUCCCGCCAGAACAUUCAAUGUUGUGGGAAACCCUCUAAUAUGUGGAGGCCAUUCUACUGAAGCUUGCUGUGGAACACCCAUGCCUAUUCCGCUUUCCUUCUCUUUAGAUUCAUCACAGAAAAAAUCCAAGAACAGGAAAGUAGCCGUUGCAAUUGGUGCUAGCCUUUGCUCUGCCUUCCUCAUUCUACUAACACUGGGCCUCCUUCGCUGGUGGAGGAAGAAUCAUCAAAACCGAUCCGUACUGAACAUAAACGACAAGCAAGAGGAGGGACUAAUAAACUUAGGCAACCUCAGACAAUUCACACUGAGAGAGAUCCAAGUAGCAACAGAGAACUUCAGCUCCAAGAACAUAUUAGGCAAAGGAGGGUUCGGAAACGUAUACAAGGGAAGAUUAACAGAUGGAACAAUGGUAGCAGUGAAGAGAUUGAAAGACAUAAGUGGAACCUCAGGUGAAUCACAGUUCAAAACUGAAGUAGAGAUGAUUAGCCUUGCAGUUCAUCGUAACCUUCUUAGAUUGCUUGGUUACUGUGCCACCUCCAACGAAAGGCUUCUCGUCUAUCCUUACAUGUCUAAUGGUAGCGUCGCUUCCAGGCUUAAAGGUAAGCCAACGUUGGAUUGGAACACAAGGAAGAGAAUUGCAUUGGGAGCAGCAAGGGGUCUUCUCUAUCUACAUGAACAAUGCGAUCCAAAGAUUAUCCACAGAGAUGUUAAAGCUGCAAACAUUCUUCUCGACGAUUACUGUGAAGCCGUUGUUGGUGACUUUGGCCUUGCUAAGCUGCUUGAUCACGCAGAUUCUCAUGUCACCACCGCCGUCCGCGGCACUGUCGGACAUAUAGCACCGGAAUAUUUAUCGACGGGGCAGUCGUCGGAGAAAACUGAUGUGUUUGGUUUUGGUAUUCUCUUGUUGGAACUUAUCACCGGCAUGAGAGCUCUGCAAUUCGGUAAAGCAGUUAACCAGAAAGGAGCAAUGCUUGAUUGGGUGAAGAAGAUACAGAAAGAGAAGAAGGUGGAGGUGUUGGUGGACAAGGACUUGGGUCCUAAUUAUGAUAGAAUUGAAGUGGGGGAGAUGAUACAAGUGGCACUUUUGUGUACACAGUUUUUGCCGGCCCAUAGGCCCAAAAUGUCUGAGGUGGUACGGAUGUUGGAAGGUGAUGGGCUUGCAGAGAAGUGGGAAGCAUCACAGAGAGCCCAGGCCCAUAAGAAGACAGAGACUUCUAGUGCUAUUACUGGAGCUACAAUGCGGCCCAUUAGAUGCAUGUCGCAGCUGAAGCAGCAACAUCAUGAUGUUGAGGAUGAUGAUGAUGAUGAUGAUGAUGUUCAUGCGAGAAUGCUUUGGGUGAAGAUAGAUGAUGAUGAUGAUCGGUCUUUGGAUACCCAUGCCAUGGAGCUCUCUGGUCCAAGAUGAUAAAUUUUUCUCCCUUUCUUUUUUCAACUUUUUAAUAU